CGGCGCCCGCGGCCUCCCUCCCUCCGCCGGCGGGCCAUGGAGCUGGAGGCGCCCGACGAAGCGGGCAGCGCCGGCGGUGCCGAGGCGGGAGCUGGAGCCGUCACCCCGGAGGCGGGAUGGGGGGGCCUCGACCCGGCUGCAGGACUGGGACCUAAGAAGAUGGUUCUAACAGAGGCACCGUCCUUGACAGGGCAGCCGGGGGGUGGCCAAGGGAAGAAGAUUGGCCACAGGGGAGUCGACGCCUCUGGGGAGACCACCUACAAGAAGACCACUUCAUCCACACUCAAAGGCGCCAUCCAGCUCGGCAUCGGCUACACCGUGGGGAACUUGAGCUCCAAGCCCGAGAGAGAUGUCUUGAUGCAGGAUUUUUACGUGGUGGAGAGCAUUUUCUUUCCCAGCGAAGGCAGCAAUCUCACGCCUGCCCAUCACUAUCCUGACUUCCGGUUCAAAACCUAUGCACCCGUGGCUUUUCGAUAUUUCCGAGAGCUAUUCGGCAUUCGCCCAGAUGAUUAUUUGUAUUCCUUGUGCAACGAACCCCUGAUUGAGCUGUCCAACCCCGGGGCCAGCGGCUCCCUCUUCUACGUCACGAGUGACGACGAGUUCAUCAUCAAAACGGUGAUGCAUAAAGAGGCUGAGUUCCUCCAGAAACUCCUCCCGGGAUACUACAUGAACUUGAACCAGAAUCCGCGGACACUGCUUCCCAAGUUCUACGGCCUCUACUGCGUCCAGUCUGGCGGCAAGAACAUCCGGGUCGUGGUGAUGAACAACAUCCUGCCGCGGGUGGUGAAGAUGCAUCUGAAGUAUGACCUGAAGGGCUCCACCUACAAGCGCCGGGCGUCCAAGAAGGAGAAGGAGAAGUCCAGCCCCACCUACAAGGACCUGGAUUUCAUGCAAGACAUGCCAGAGGGCAUCAUGCUGGAUACGGACACCUUCAGCGCUGUGGUGAAAACCCUGCAGAGGGACUGUUUGGUGCUUGAAAGCUUCAAAAUCAUGGACUACAGCCUCCUUCUGGGGGUCCAUAACAUUGACCAGCUGGAACGGGAACGACAGGCCGACGGAGCCCAGAGCGUCUCCGACGAGAAGCGGCCGGUGGGCCAGAAAGCGCUGUACUCCACGGCCAUGGAGUCUAUCCAGGGCGGGGCUGCCCGGGGAGAGUCCAUCGAGACAGACGACACGAUGGGCGGCAUUCCAGCUGUGAAUGGCAAAGGGGAGCGCUUGCUGCUGCACGUGGGCAUCAUAGACAUUCUGCAGUCCUACAGAUUCAUCAAGAAGCUGGAACAUACCUGGAAGGCUCUGGUUCAUGACGGGGACACCGUGUCGGUUCACAGGCCCAGUUUCUACGCCGAGAGGUUCUUCAAGUUCAUGACGAACACGGUGUUUCGGAAGAGUUCUUCUCUGAAAUCCUCCCCCUCCAAGAAAGGACGAGGCGCCUUGCUAGCCAUCAAGUCCCCUGGCCCUCUGUCGGCGUUCUCAGCCAGCCAGAUCCCCUUGGAGAAGGACGAGGCCCAGUACGACCUCCGUGGGGCCAGGAGUUACCCGACGCUGGAGGACGAAGGCCGGCCAGACCUGCUUCCUUGCACCCCUCCCUCCUUCGAAGAAGCGACCACCGCCUCCAUCGCCACGACGCUCUCGUCGACGUCUCUUUCUGUCCCCGAGCGGUCCCCUUCCGAGUCCUCGGAGCAACCCAGGUAUAGGCGGCGCACCCAAUCCUCGGGGCAAGAUGGAAGGUCUCGUGAAGAGGUUCGGGUUGAAGAUGAUCUCCAACAGAUCACAGUGGAACUCAAGCCCAAGUGUGACAUCGAGAUCGUGGUCCCUGAUGCAGAUGAUGCGGGGUCAGAGGCCGAUGCUGCGGCAGGGCAAGCAGCCCUGCUGGCGUGUGCCCCAGCGCUGACGGCAGCUUCUGUCGAGGUCGAGACGGCCAGCCAAGCCUCCGAGCCGGCCAGCCAAGCCUCAGAUGAGGAGGACCUCCCAGUUCCAGAUAUCUAUUUUUUCACAGAUGGCAAGUACUGGAUUUACUCUCCCCGCCUGCGCAGGCUGCGAGCCGCCUCCUUUUCCUCUGGGAGCCCGACAGAUGAGAGGAGCUGGGUAUAUUCUCCUCUCCAUUAUAGCCCUCAAGUCCAUUCAGUCUCCGAUGAGGAGAGUGAUACAUAACUUCUAUGCA